AUGGCAUGGCACCCGUUGGGAUGGCGUGUGUCACACAACAUACUUAAACCCUUAAACCUCUCAACCCUUAAUCCUAUUGUUCCUUCGUCGAGGAAACCUCUACCCAUGCUUGAUAUCCCACCAUCAAUGGUGCGGCAGCCGCCGCCUCCUCGACGGCCAGGUAAAGAAGAACGGAAUACAGAGCUUCAACCCUUCAAAUUCUUGGCUCCACCCGUACACCAGCAGAUUUACUACCGGAGGAGGUGUAAAAGAAAGAGUCUAACAACAGGCAUAGAAUCUCUACCUGAUGAGCUGUUGAUUGAAGUCCUUGCUCGAAUCCCAAGCCCCCAGCAAGAGAUUUACGAGGCAAGGCUUGUUUGCCGCAAAUGGUACAAUACCAUCCACACCCCUAAUUUCAUGUCCGCUAACUUACACCACUCCACUUAUGGUCUCCUAUUCAAACACAGAGAAUGUGAAUCGCUUUUGAUCCUCCCUCAAAGGGAAGGGGUCAGGGUCGAGAUGACCCAAUUGAGUUACAAACGUAGGUGUGAGGUCACUAGUAGUUGUAAUGGAUUGUGGUUAGAGACUAAUAUGAAAGAAAAGGGAUGUAAUCUUUUUGUCACAAAUCCCACGACGGGCCAAGUUGUUGGUCUCCCUCCGUGUGACGGUAAAGUUUCGGAAGGAAAAUAUGCAAUGGCUUACUCACCGGCUUCCAUGGAGUACAAAGCGGUUAUAUACUAUCCUCCUACACGAACCCGUCCCCGUCCCCCUGUUUUUCAUAUAUUAACCGCUGGAGUUGAUAAAAAGUGGAGGAAUGUUGAUUUGGGACUCAUAUCAUCGGAGGAGGCACUUGAGGCAUUCUACGAUAUGCCAUUGGUUACUGAAGGUUUCAUUCAUUGGAACCGUCUCUAUUUCCUCCAUGUCUUGACUCUUAAUGUGGAGACGGAAACUAUUACACAGACUCCCGCCCCUCUCCCGACUCUUGGGAGUCAAUUCAAUAUUUACUUAUCAACUGGAAAAUAUCUGACGUUAUUGAGUCAUUAUGGGCAGUUCUCGUGGCAGGUUUGGGAGCUGAGUCGACCGGAAACAGGGGAAUGGAGAAAGAAGGCCCAUUUUUGCUUGGAGGUUCACAAGAAAAGAUUAAACCUAUCAGGUGACUUAGACGAAGAUUUUGUUCUCCCGGUAGGGUGGGUCAAGUACUCGGAGUUGUUGGCCAUGAGAAUUGGGGGUAAAUCGAACGCGGUUUUUGUGUACAAUCUUGUUACGCAAGAAAUUGAUGAAAUCGGGCUACCUGACCAUAUUGGUUGUUACAAUAUUGCGGUACAUAAGAGUAGUUUGGAGUGGUUGGAUGCAGUCAAGCCUACUCGACGACUGGUAUCUAAAUGA